AUAAAAGGACAGUAGGAGCGAGGCCUGGUCAGUGUGGGACUAGAGAAAAAACAUUUUAUUGUUGUAAGAAGAGGAAUCUUGAGAAAUGGCAGGGGACAGCAAGAGCAAGAUUCUGUUCAUCGGAGGAACUGGUUACAUCGGAAAAUUCAUCGUGGAAGCCAGCGCCAAAGCUGGCCACCCAACUUUCGUUUUGGUGAGGGAGUCCUCUCUCUCCAACCCCGCAAAAUCAUCCCUCAUCCUCGGUGUCAAUUUUGUUUUCGGAGAUCUAUACGAUCACCAAAGUUUGGUGAGUGCCAUAAAGCAGGUCGAUGUAGUCAUUUCUACUUUAGGACACUUGCAGCUAGCUGAUCAAGACAAGAUCAUUUCUGCAAUUAAGGAAAUGUUAGGCUGUGAUUGUGAUGUUCAUUUUAAGUUCUAUCCAUCUGAGUUUGGAAAUGAUGUGGACCGGACUCAUGCAGUGGAACCAGCCAAAUCUGCAUUUGCAACAAAGGCCAAUGUUCGCAGAGCUAUUGAGGCUCAAGAAAUUCCCUUCACUUAUGUGUCAAGCAACUUCUUUGCUGGUUACUUCCUACCCAACUUGUCGCAGCCUGGAGCUACAGCUGCCCCCAGAGACAGAGUUAUUAUCCUAGGAGAUGGAAAUCCCAAAGCUGUUUUUAACAAGGAAGAGGAUAUUGGAACUUAUACAAUCAAUUCUGUGGAUGAUCCAAGAACCUUGAACAAAAUUCUCUACAUUAGACCACCAGCUAAUACCUUGUCAUUUAACGAGCUUGUUACUCUCUGGGAGGGAAAGAUUGGUAAAACACUUGAAAGAAUUUAUGUUCCAGAGGAACAACUCCUGAAGCAAAUUGAAGAGUCCGCACCACCCGUGAAUGUGAUCCUGUCAAUUAAUCACUCUUCUUAUGUAAAGGGGGAUCAGACUAACUUUGAAAUUGAGUCUUCAUUUGGAGUGGAGGCUUCAGCUCUAUAUCCUGAUGUGAAAUACACCACUGUGGAUGAGUACCUUAAUCAGUUCGUCUAAGAUGCAAAGCCUAGUUGAUAUGUUUGUGAAACUUUGUUUUCUAAAUAAAGAGAAUCUUAUGCUCCUCAAAAAGAACAAUGUAUGGAGAAACCUAUGCUAUGCUAUGCUAUGCUAUUGUAUGCUAUACCCUAUAUGCUAUGAUAAUUUUAUUACCUGCA